CACAAGAGAGCAGAGGUGGGAAUAAAAAGCGUUUAUCAAAAAGUAGCAGAAUUGCCCUUUAACGUUUCAACCAAUAGGAAUCAUCCAAGCAGAUGUUGCCGACCAAUCAGCGACGAGCUUUCUCCGCCUUGCUGUGUCUACUGUGUUUUUUUCCACUCUCUCUCUCUCUCGGUAAACCUUGGUUGAAAGUUACGCUGCAAUAAGCAGGAAAAUGUUGUGUAAAUGUGUGUUUUUUGAGUUUUUUGUAGACGCAACGAAUGUUAGCUGCGCUAACUACUGAGACAGAGAGACAGGGAAAAGAAGACGUGUCUUUGGAGAGAGAGGGGCCGCAUGUUUCAGCCUUUCCCGAUUAAUUUUCUUCGGACGUAGAAAAAUUUCGGCAGUUUUGACGGACGCUGGUGGGAAUCAUGGUUAAGAGACGUGGCUGGCUGUGGAGCGCAGUGGGUUUGGAUCCUGCAGAGGCGUGAGGAGCCACCUCAGCCUGCAGCAUCUCAUCUGUGGACUCAUCCAUGUCGUCUUGAUUGUUGGCUUCCACCCUGACUAACUGAAUUUUAAGACUCUGAUUUUACCUGCCCCCAAAUACGAUUUGACGUGCUCCCGACUUCCGAACAGCCAUGAGAAGCACCAGAAUAAACCUGCUGGUGGGCUGCAUGCUCCUCUGCUCCGCCUCCCUGCUCUACUGGGUCAUGACCGGGAUGGACUGCCCUCGAAAAAGCCACCGCCACCGAUGGAUGGAGCUCACUCUGGGCUCGGGCAAUCAGAGCGCGCUCCUCGCCGAGCACUUCCCCGAAGACACGCCCAUCAUUUUCAUCGGGGGCUUCCCCAGGAGCGGCACCACGCUGAUGCGCGUCAUGCUGGACGCCCACAAAGCUGUGCGGUGCGGCGAGGAGACCCGGGUGAUACCCCGCCUCCUGGCCAUGAGGGCCACCUGGAGUCGUUCGGUGAAGGAGAGGAUUCGACUGGAUGAAGCCGGCGUCACCGACCAGGUGUUGGACUCAGCUGUGCGAGCGUUUCUGCUAGAGAUAAUAGUUGGCCAUGGGGAACCUGCACCUCGCCUCUGCAACAAGGACCCKUUCACAUUGAAGUCUCUGUCAUAUUUAGCUCGCAUCUUUCCCAAAGCGAAAUUUAUUCUCAUGCUACGAGACGGACGGGCAACUGUUCAUUCAAUGAUAUCACGCAAGGGUCGAGCGCUCGACUGACCAGGUGAUGAAUCCGGUGAACACAGAAGCCCUCUCCAAGUGGGUGGGCAACAUCCCCGCCGACGUGCUCAGCGACAUGGCAGAAAUCGCCCCCAUGCUCGCUCGCCUGGGCUACGACCCCCACGCCAACCCCCCCGACUACAGAAAACUGCAGCCUCUUGUUUCCUCGCUCUACUACUCACAGAAACUGAAAGCAGCAGACUCUUCUCACCCCAGUUAAGCGUGGCUCCUCUGAUCCACCCAACGGUUGGACCUUAACUUCCAGCUCAGCAGUAAUUACACCUCACAGAACACCUUGGUGUAAUUUGUAAUCGUUCUCCAGGCUUGUGCAGUCCUCCGCUGUGCGUAACGGGAUGUUGAAAUUACAGACUCAAGGCGUUYGUUUGAACUCUCCAUCUGAAGUGAACAACCUGCUCACAAAUCCAUCAUUUCAUCCAUGGUGAACCGUAUCACACUGACACAUCCUGUCACCUACUUGAAAGUGUUUCAGCGUGUCUAAGUUGUAAUGACUUCAUCACAAUGUGAAUGUCUUCAAAUUAUUCACUGACAUCUCAGUGUUCAGUGACUGUAUAUUUUUAAAAGAUGUAUGUUUAUUUUCUUAAUAAAUUAUUUUGGAUUUGGUCAUUUUUAA